GUGUAGCAGAAAUGCCCAGCCUCCCCUGAUUACGCACCAACCGGGGAGGAGGGGGCAGGCUGAUGUCCUCUCUGGUGCGCUCAUCCAACCUCUGCCGUUGUAAAGCUGCUGUUACCCUGCUGUAAGGAUCCGCCGAGAUAAAACUCCCCACUUAUUUCCAUCGAGAUCGUCCAAGUUGAUCAUUUUCCGCUUUGGGGACACAUUUCACACCCGUAUUACGCAUGGAAUGGUUUUGGGGGGAUUGGAGUAGAAAUGCAGCGCCGCACGUCCAGCCCACAACAAGAACCAUGCCCAACUUACAUUGCAAGCAAAUCUAUGACAUCCUGUUUUAUCGUUUACGACUUUGAUAUGAGAGAAAUCUGCUCGGAUCUCGACGAAGAGUGAAAGAAAGGAUCCCGGCGCGCCGGCUGAAGGACGCUGUUUUCCGCCGCAGAAGCUCCAGAAACCCAACGACACCCCCUCCCCUCAGCAUUUAGGAUUUUCCUCUUUUUGAUGGAGCUGGAGAACAUAGUAGCCAACACUGUACUACUUAAAGCCAGAGAGGGUGGAGGUGGGAAACGGAAAGGCAGGAGCAAAAAAUGGAAGGAGAUCCUUCGCUUUCCCCACAUAAGCCAGUGUGCCGAACUGGGAAAAACCAUCGACAGGGAUUAUUCCAGCAUCUGUGACAAGCAGCCCAUUGGACGGCUUCUGUUUCGUCUUUACUGUGAGACCAAACCCAACUUGCAAAGAUGCAUCCAGCUGCUUGAUGCAACGGAAGACUAUGAGGUUACGUCUGAUGAAAAACGAAAAAGCAGAGGGGAGCAGAUCAUCAAGACCUUUCUUUCAAAACAAUCACCUCAGCGGGUAGACAUAGCGGAGGGUUUUGCAGAGCAAUGCAGAGAGAACCUCGAGUUCAGUCCAUGUAAGGAGAUCUUCGGCGACUGCCGCAAGGCCGUCCAUGAGUACCUGAGUGGAGCGCCAUUUUCAGACUAUCAGAACAGCAUGUAUUUUGACCGCUUCCUACAGUGGAAGGUGCUGGAGAGGCAACCAAUCACUAAAGACACAUUCAGACAGUACCGAGUGCUAGGAAAGGGGGGAUUUGGAGAGGUGUGCGCAUGCCAGGUCAGAGCAACAGGGAAAAUGUAUGCCUGCAAGAAACUAGAGAAGAAGAGAAUCAAGAAGAGGAAAGGAGAAUCCAUGGCCCUGAACGAGAAACAGAUUUUGGAGAAAGUCAACAGUCGGUUUGUUGUGAGUUUGGCGUAUGCGUACGAGACCAAAGACGCUCUUUGUUUGGUGCUGACCAUCAUGAACGGUGGCGACCUGAAGUUCCACAUCUACAACAUGGGCACGCCGGGCUUCGACAAAGACAGGGUCCAGUUUUACGCCGCUCAGAUCUGCUGCGGACUCGAGCAUUUGCACAGGGAAUCCAUUGUCUACAGGGAUUUGAAACCAGAAAACAUCUUACUAGAUGAUAAUGGACACAUUCGGAUUUCAGAUCUGGGGCUGGCCAUCAAAGUGCCUGAAGGAGAGUUCAUCAGAGGAAGGGUGGGGACGGUAGGCUACAUGGCACCAGAGGUGAUCAACAAUGAAAAAUAUGCCAUGAGUCCAGACUGGUGGGGGCUGGGUUGCCUCGUUUACGAGAUGACCGCAGGAAGAUCGCCCUUCCGUGCCCGGAAAGAGCGAGUAAAGCGUGACGAAGUGGAGAGAAGGGUGCAGGAGGAAGAGGAGGAGUACAACGACAAGUUUACAGAGGACACAAAGACGAUCUGCAGAUUGCUGCUCACCAAAGACCCCAAGCAGAGGCUGGGGUGCAACGCGGACGGAGCAGCAGGCAUCAAGGCUCACACGUUCUUCAAAAACAUAAAUUUCAAGCGAAUGGAGGCUGGAAUAGUAGAUCCUCCCUUUGUGCCUGAUCCUCGGGCAGUGUACUGUAAGGAUGUUUUGGACAUAGAGCAGUUCUCCACUGUCAAGGGAGUAAAUUUGGACCAAACUGACAAUGACUUCUACUCCAAAUUUGCUACAGGCAGUGUUCCCAUCCCGUGGCAGAACGAGAUGAUUGAAACAGAGUGUUUCAGAGAUCUGAAUGUGUUUGGGCCUCAAGGAACAAGACCUCCAGAUCUGGACUGGAAUCAGCCGCCGGAGCCACCCAGACGCAGCCUGCUGGACAGGAUCUUCAGGAGCACCCAGAUGUGUCCAUCUCCAACAGCCGUGUGCAGUCUUCCAGUGUAAAUUCUGUAGACUCCAUGUCCAACUCUGCCCCCUAACGGCACAGUGACAGAGUUUGAGCUACUUAACCCGCAAACACUCACAAGAAGGGAAGGAGCUCGGAAGAGCUUUCCUGUUGCUGAUUGGUCCGCAGCUGAAGGCCUGAGCAGCAGCUGGAGACAGCCUGUCUAAAAGCUUAAAUGGUCGGCCCACGGGUAGGGAAGGGAGGGGAGGGCACAAGGGGGGUGGAUUGACCGGGCCCUGAGAUUCUGGGCAUUAGUAGUAGGACACUCGAUGUUGUGAAGAUGUGUGGAAAUAUUCAGACAAACUUUACUUUCCCUCAGGAUUGUUGGACUAUAGAAAAGAGCCACUGUUGUUGUUCUUGUACCGGAAGAGGAUAGAUGACAAGCCGAUAUUCAGGGGAUUCACUGUAUAAUAAAGACCACCACAGGGAAUAGGGGAGGGGGGGCGGGGUCUGGGGUCAGUGAAAUUUGUUUCUCCAAAAAAAGAGAGAAUUUUUUUUUUUUUUCCUGUCAUUUCAGUCAUGUACUUUCUGGCCUAUAUCCUGUACCAACAUCUCUCUCAUCCACCCCCCACCUCCCCCUUUACGUGUCACCAUCUGCACAACUCUUAACUUAUUCCUUCUCCAUAUUUCACCUUUCAUACCUCAGAUCUCUCCUAAACAUUCAGAGCAUGUCACCAUAGCAACCUCAGUAACACAUUGUACAUUGCCUUUGCGUUCACUCAGGCCAAAGAUUGCAAUUCUAGUUUUGUGAUUCUGUUGUCAUGUUCAACUGUUGGUUUUUGGAAGGCCUUUAGCUGUUGUGUAGAACUACAGAAGGAUCAGAAUGUGGGAUCCAUUUUAGAGUUUUCUUUAAAUAUGAACCUGCAGACAUAUCAUAGAGCUUAAAGCACCCCCCCCCACACACACACACACACACACAGACACAUAGCACAGUGCCUUCCAAAAUUUUUCAUACCUCUUGAACAUCAUAGUUUAUCACGUUACAAACGUUUUUUUUAUUCAUUUAGAACUGAAAAAUCUAAAAAGUGUGGCAAGCAUUUGUAUUCAGUCCAUCAGUAAAUACUUUGUGAAACCACCUUUUUUUUAAAACACUUUCUGACUCUUCCGACUAUUAACAGAAUAAUACUUUUAUUUUUGUUUUAUAAUCAGAACGCAUCUAUAUGUUUUUGAAUAGCUUUUUUUUUGCCAAAGAUUUUUUAUUGUAUUAAUGUCUUGACUUUAACUACGGUAGGCCAUUCUCUCACAUAUCUGUUUUGAUCUAAACCAUUCCAUCGUAGCUCUGGUUCUUUUUUAGGAUCCCUGUCAAGUCCACUGUUUUCUUCCAGACCUGCUCUGUAUUAAACUCCACUCAUAUUCUCGUUAACUCUGCCCUUGACAGUUCUGGGAUAGGGGUUAAAGGGUAAUGUGAAGAGAUAGCCAUAGCUGUCAACUCUCCCAUUUUGGUCAGGAAGCCACUGUAUUUUCCCCCUAUUUCCUGCCGUUCUCCAAUAUUAGCAGUCUCCUGUAUAUUUCCCUUAUUAUAGUAAAAAUUCUGUCUCCAAAUGUAACUGUCGCUAGGAUUGCAAAAGUCAAAAUCGUAUCACCUUAUUGAAGUUUGAAAUUGGUUGACAAGUGUUUAUUUUAGAUUUCUUGUACACAUUUCUUAAAAUAUAAUUGAUACUGAAGCUUGACUGGGGUAUUCUGACGGCUCAGAGCAGAUGUUGAGAGCCAUGAAAUUUCCACGUUUUUACCUCCAAAACUUGACAGGUAUGGUGAUAACGGCUGCAAAUUUCUUUGGACCAUUCUGUUUAAUGAAAUUUUGUGUGGUAGUAGAGGUUUAGAGGGGCAGGAUGGAUGGAAAAGAAAGACGGGGAUCUGAGUUGGAGCUAAUAAUGAGAAUAAUUAAAUAUAACAAGAAUAAUAAUAUAGAUAUAGAGUAUAUAGAUAUGUAUAAUCAUUUUCCAAAUGUAGUUAUCUUAGAGUGUUAUAAAUUAACAGAAGAAGGUAAAGUGGUCAGAUCUCUAGAAAGAUUAAGGUCUAAAUAUGCAUUUUUAGAGCUUAAGGUUCAUGUUUUGUUUCAUCUGCCCGUCAAAACUUAAAAAUUUCCUGUAGAGAUUGACCAAUAAAUGUUUUUUUAAGGUCCAUGCUGAUUAUUUGACAUCAGUCUGAACUAUUGAAUCCCAAAGUUGGGGUCGUGACCCCACUUGGGGCCCUCCAUCAACCAGAGUGAGGUCUUGAAAUCCAUUAGAGAAAUGUAACUUCACAAUAAACAUUUCUGUUAAAGUGCCUCAAGAUUAUAAAGAAUCACUUAAAAACUAAAAAAAAAAACACUUAAAAAACUAAGUAAAAAACCACUUAAGUUGAUGAUGUUCUUUUUAAUAUUAUUACAACCAUGGUUCAAUUUAUUUUCUUGAAAUGUUUAUGUAUUAAUCUAUUAUCCUAGAUCAUGAGUGGACAGGUGUCAUUUGAUGGGUUAGAAGCUAAAUAAUGUUGGAAACAUGAAACCUAACCGAUCCUAAUAUGUGCUGCUGAUAAUUACGGGGUGUUUUUUAAGCCGAUAUGCCUUUUUCUUUCUUUAUGUACAUCAUAAAAAAAAAAUUACAAUAUGGUAACAAAUCUUAAACCCACAAAAAACAUCUAUAAACUGAUCAAACCCAUUAAAAAUUAAUAGAACAUGGGGGGAGCGGAGAGGCGUGUGAUUCAUGUAAAGUCAAGGCAUAGCUGGUGAAUGCGAUAAUGAAUCAAUGGUCUAUUUUUAGUUCGCUGGUUCUCCUGAAGAUCUUUUCCAAAUCUCUAAAUGGGCCCUCAGUCUGCUGAUGGACAGCCUUGGAUCUCUGCAGCUCCUCCAGACUUAGUUCCUUAGUAUCCUGUUAGUUAUUUUUAAGAGCAUCUUCACAAGUUUGCAUUUUCGCCACACUCUUCAUGUUAAGUGGAUGGAUUGAGCAGUGUGGUUUACAAAGCUGGGAUAAUUUUACAAUUUCAAACUGAUUCACUUCUUUAUUUGUUUUUUUGUUUUCAAAUUUUUAUCUAAUAAACCUCAGAGGCCUUUACAAAACUUGCAUUUAAACUGAGUUUACAUUCAAAAAGAUGGACUCUUUUUAUCAAUUACUGCAUCUUAUUAAGAGGUACCAGUGUAAAAAGGGGCUGAAUACAAAUGCGUGCCUUUUUUUUUUUUUUUGUUAUUUGUAAAAGAAAAGUUGGAAACCACAUUAUCAUUUUUCUCACACUUUUUAAAAUCUAUGUUAUUUUGUGCUCUGUCACACAGAGCCCCAGAUUCAAGUUUGUGAUUGAAACAUGAAACGAAUGAAUAUUUUUGCAAGGCACUGUAGACAAACACACAAAGAAUCGUGUUGUGUUUUCAUUGCAUGAACCCGUGUAAGUAUGGACAGCUGUAUCCCUUCGCUUCUGCAUACCUCAUUCCACUUACUCUGCACUCUUAUACACAAAUCCGUUUCCCUCGGUUUACAGUGUCACUUUAUAUUUGGCAUUAUGUGGAGUUUGAGAACUAAUUAAUAUGCUGUACAGAAACAGAUAUCUCUUUUUUUUCCUUCCUUUUCUUUUUUGGGUAGUUAUCUGCACAGUCCCCCAUGGAGUGGAGAGGAACACAUGCACUCAGCAUGACUUACAAGUUGCACAAUUUAAAAUAAUGUCAUGCUGUUUUGUUACCAAAUGAAAAUGUUUUACCUCUGAUCAUUAAGGCACAUUCUUGUAUUGAUAUUGUCACAUGCCGCUUGUUUUUUCUACACCCGAGACUGAAAAGUGUUCUUCUUGUUCUCCCUAGGCCUAUUCCAUGUAAACAAUAUUGCUGCAUAACCAUUGCUGUCUCAU